CGUGUAUAAAGGUGCAGCGCCACCUCCAUAACACCAUCUAGAGUUAUCUGCGCACUUUAAAAACAAGAAAAGAAAACAUUUGAGCUUCAGACGCUGUUUUUCUGCCUCCAUCUGGACGUUUCAGAGUGAAAUAGAGGAGAGCAGCCCACAUUCAUAGGGAUAUUUGUAUUCUCCGCCUUUGCGCCGUCAGAGAGAGAGAGAGAGAGAGGAGAGAGGAUCCGGAUGUAGCAGCAGUGUUGGGUAUUUUACGCAUGGCGUAGGCACCUUUCCUUCAGCAGAAUAUUGUUGAUGACUGAAGGGUUGAAGGAGGCCCUCGGGUCGACAGGAGAACUUCACCUUGACAGUGGCGCACCGGAGGAUCCAUUAAAGAAGCGAUUGCGCAAUAAUAUUCAGGAAGGAGGUUUUAUAUCCUGGUUAACUGCCUCAGUGUUGCGACUGGACAGAGAGAGAAGGGGCAGAAGUCAGCAGGAAUAAUACAUUGUGUUUCUGUCUGCUGCCAUAAACCCCUUCAGAGGACGCGCUUCUUCUCCCAGACGGGAAAAGAGCGGAUAUUUGCUGUAUGAACGCCUGAGCGGCUGAGAAAACCUCCAGGAUGUCGGGCAGCACCUCAGCGGACACGAUAAAUCUGCGGCUCAUUCUGGUCAGUGGGAAGACGAAAGAGUUUGUCUUCUCUCCCAACGACUCGGCUGCAGACAUUGCCAAACAUGUUUUUGACAACUGGCCAAUGGACUGGGAAGAGGAGCAAGUCAGCAGUCCACACAUCCUGAGGCUGAUCUACCAGGGACGUUUUCUACACGGCAACGUAACACUAGGAGCUCUCAAGCUGCCUCUGGGGAGGACCACAGUGAUGCAUUUAGUUGCCAGAGAGACUUUGCCUGAGCCAAAUUCCCAAGGUCAAAGGAAUCGAGAGAAGACCGGAGAGAGUAACUGCUGCGUCAUUCUGUAAAUACACACCUGCGCCGUGACCCUCCGUUCUUCAAGUCCGUUCAUGCCAUCAAUGUCCUGGACCCGCUGGGCUUGUCCUCUGUCCUGGAGCCUGUCCGUCACCCGGAUGUACACCUAACCCACCCACAACCCACCCCCCUGCCACAACUCACCCCUUCAGACACAUAUACAUGUUAAAUAGGAUGACAGUAGGCUCAGGCUAAUCCGAGACAGAACUGGGGAGCAGGAAGUUGAUUAACAAUAGAGUUGAUUCCUAUGCUGUACUUGAUUUGUUGUUAUAACUGAAUAGUAGCGGAAGGAACUGGAUUUGCAUGUUAUUUUUUUUUCCUUUUAUCUUUCCUUCUUUCCUAAGCCUUCUGCCAAGCAUUGUCACUCCUCUCCUCGCCAUCUUUAGCUGGUCUGUGGGGUCACUUUCUAGAUGACUUUGACAUGUUUGCUCCUCGUUGCAACGUGGCGGCCAAGUUUAUGUUUGUGGCCUUGGUAUCUCAUACAGACCGGCUGAGAGUUUUAACCACUAAGCUCAUCGGAACCUAGGUGUGAUGCUGGGCGUAAAACCUUAGGUGUUUGUGUGAAAGCACCUCAGUGCGGCAGAUGAAGCAUUAAACGUGCCUGAAUAGAGGACUCAAACUAAACUCGCUCACUAAAACAGAUGAACACAACUGUGUCCUUUUUAACUGCCCUCCUCUACAUGUGCCCUUAAAGGUUGCAGGACAGAUAUCCGACCUGUACAGUUUUAGCCAAAUGAAGCCUAACAAGCAAACAACAAACCAGUGCUAGUGGUCCUUUGUCUUUGGAGACUGGGUUCUUACAGUCUGUGUAUUAAUGACCAACUGAGCUGGUGAUUUAUUAAGCAUUGUGUGAACUUUUCUCCCUCUCCUGCAACAUCCCCCUUUUCCUGAACUUUCCAUCAGUGUUGUGAAGGAUCUCUCUGAGACGUCACUUUAAGUUUGAAAAGGCUCCCUCCUUGUCUUACUUCUCCUUCAGGAUUAAUACGUCUAUUUUGCACAACAGAAGCAUGUGCUCUUUCAUCAGAUUAAUGCAAAUGUAUGAAAUAGUUUUAUUUUAUGUUUCCAAUGGAAGUAAUGUUCCAAACUAAGGUUACCACGUGUAGAAUAUAUUUAAUAUGAAUCUUUAUCUAGAACAUUGAGAUUUUAGAUCUUGGUGAUAUUCAUGAUAUUGGUGUUUAGUCUAUGAUUGUGUACGGUUAGCUACUAGCCAGUUCACAGUCACUUGGUGAUGACGUCUUUGUGUUUAACAGCAGCAAAGCCUCCCUAAUCAUUCAUUCAUGGACUGAUGGGUUUAUAUUCUCUUUUUCUGUCGAGGUUGUUUUUUUUUCAUUUGUUUAUAAUUUAAUGUAAUCCUUUUUUGUGGUUUUUUGCUUUAAAAAAAUUUGCUUUGUAACAGCACUAGGUCUUAAAGAAUAUUGUUUAUAUUGAUCAGGGUUCAAAUCUGUACAGAGAAAAAAAAGGUUUUGAAACCAAUUGUAAAUAGCACUAAUGCUCCUUCUCCCCACUCCUUCAAAUCUUCAAAAUGGAAUACAUCUGUAAACUAAAUAAAGGUUAUUGAAGUGCACUUUGUUCUGUCAUGGCUCAUUGCCCAUUGACUGCUGGUUAUAAACAGGUAACCUCUUUCUAGAAAACACUGGAGUUUGUUUUGAGUUAUCUUUCAGUAUUUAGAAAGUAUUUAAAACUGAAAUAAGAG